AAAAAAUGAACUGAAAUUGGUUCCCUCCUCUAUUCCUUUCUAUGCAAACACGACACAUCCCAGCCAGCCACCGAAAUCUCACCAGCAGAACCAUGAAACCAAAACGCAUCCUUGCCCCUCCUCGUACCAGGUUCUCUGCUCCGACCAGUGUAUCUGCUUCUUCUUCAACGCCCCAUGUAGAAUCCCAGCGUAACAAACCCAAUCCUCCUCUGUUGCUUUCUGUAGCCGUUUCUCUCUUUCAGCGUGCCAUUCAGGACCCUGAUUCAUUGCCCUCAGUAUCAGCCUGCAACUCCCUCAUAGAUAAUCUCCGAAAGGCAAGACACUAUGAUCUUCUCUUGUCCGUUUAUUCUAUGAUGGUUGCCGCUUCUGUUUUGCCUGCUUUUACUUCCUUGAGUGCUUUGGUUGAAAGUUUUGUGAAGACCCACCAGCCAAAUUUUGCGUUUGGGGUACUGGGUUUGAUGAUGAAGCGUGGUUUUGAGGUUAAUGUGUAUAACGCGAAGCUUGUGUUGAAGGGUUUUUGUCAAAGUGGUGACUAUGACAGGGCCAUGGUUUUGGUUUGCCAAAUGAGGAGGAAUUGUGUUUUGCCUGAUGUCUUUAGUUACAAUACCCUUAUAAAUGGACUUUGUAAAGCUAAGAGAUUGGUAGAAGCUAGGGGUUUGUUUGAGGCCAUGAAGGCCGGGGAGUGCCGGCCGAACUUGGUGACUUUUAGUGUUUUGAUUAAUUGUCUUUGUAAGAAUGGGGCGGUUAAGGAGGGUUUGGAUUUGUUCGAGGAGAUGAAGAAGACUGGUUUGGAUGCAGAUGUGGUUGUGUAUAGUGCUCUCAUUAGUGCCUUUUGUAACAGUGGUGACAUUGAGAGGGUUAAAGAACUCUUUAAUGAGAUGUUGGAAAAGAAUGUUGCUCCCAAUGUGGUUACUUAUAGUUGUUUGAUGCAAGGUCUUUGCAAGAAAGGGAAGUUGGAAGAAGCCUCCAAAAUGUUGAAUGAUAUGACGACCAGGGGAGUUCAUCCUGAUGUUGUUGCUUAUACAAUUUUAGCUGAUGGGCUUGGCAAAAAUGGGAGGGCAUCCGAUGCAUUGAAAGUGUUGGACUUGAUGGUACAAAAGGGGAAAGAGCCAAAUGCUUUAACAUACAAUGUCAUUGUUAAUGGACUUUGUAAGGAAGGUCGGGUAGAUGAUGCGCUCGGGAUUCUAGAAAUGAUGGUAAAGAAGGGGAGGAAACCUGAUGUGUUUACCUACAGCACAUUAUUGAAAGGACUAUGUGGCGUUGGCAAAAUUGAUGAGGCAAUGGACCUUUGGAAGUUGUUGUUGAGCAAAGAAUUCCAUAUGAAGCCUGAUGUCUACACGUUUAAUCUUCUAAUCCAGGGACUUUGCAAGGAGCGGCGUCUUGAUGAUGCUGUAGGGAUCUAUUCUACCAUGGUUAAAAGGGGGUUCCCUUGUAACAUAGUAACUUACAAUAUUUUGAUUCAUGGUUAUCUAAAUGCUGGAAAGCUUACUAAGGCAUUGGAACUAUGGAAAUCUGCAGUAGACUUGAAAUUUUCCCCUAAUUCAGUGACCUAUAGUGUCAUGAUUAGUGGUCUUUGCAAAAUGCAGAUGCUUCGUUUCGCAAGAGGGCUUUUCGUUAAAAGAAGAUAUUCUAGGAUUAGACCCACAGUAAUUGAUUACAAUGCACUAAUGGCAUCGUUGUGUAGAGAAGGUAGUUUGAAGCAGGCUAGGGAUUUGUUUCAAGAAAUGAGAAAUGUGAACUGUGAUCCUGAUGUUGUCUCCUUUAAUAUAAUAAUUGAUGGAAUCCUCAAAGGAGGAGAUGUUGAAUCUGCCAAGGAAUUGCUAUUAGGAAUGCUUAACAUGGAUUUGGUCCCUGAUGCUUUUACCUUUACUAUAUUAAUAAAUAGGUUCUUCAAGCUUGGGAAGUUGGAUGAGGCUAUGUCUCUCUAUGAGAGAAUGGUCUCUUGUGGCCAUGUACCAGAUGCUGUUCUGUUUGAUUCUUUGCUAAAAGGCUAUAGUGUGAUCGGAGAGACAGAAAAAAUCAUUUCAUUGCUUCAACAAAUGGGUGACAAGGGUGUUGUUCUGAACUCAAGAUUAACUUCUACCAUCUUGGCUUGUCUUUGUAACAUCACAGAAGAUCUUGAUAUAAAGAAGAUUCUCCCAAAUUUUUCGCAACAUACAUCUAAAGGAGCAAACAUUAAAUGCAAUGAACUAUUGAUGAGACUGAAUAAGGUUCAUCCAGAGCUUCAAUUAUUUGCUGCGGGAUAGCUUUUGUUUUAAAAGAAGUGAUGUCGUGGCACUUUUAAUUGCUGUGUCUAAUGCUAGCGCAGACUUGUUCAGUCUUGGUUUUGAUCAGACCAAAAUUUCAGAUUUAGGAGAUUCAGAAGCGGUCAUUGCGGAUGGAGGUCACAAGAAGAAUGAAAGUCCAUUAUCUUGACAACCUUUAAAUUGUCAUCAAUUGUAGGAGGAGAGCAGUCACACCAUGGAAACGAGAAGAGACGAGGAGGAAAAUGAAUGUGUGAGAAAACAGCGGUUGAAAUUGUGGAACAACAAGGAAAUAGGGAUUUACUAAAGGGAGGCAAGUUCGUACCAGAGGUGGGGAGGAGGAUGACGUCAGGCUCAAAGGAGGCACGUGAGGGUUUUUUGGAAUUUGUUAAUCUUAGCCAUUAAUCUUAAUCCAAGGGUUAGAAAUUGCCCCUCUCACUCUCGCAUAAAAAACCUCCCUUUCACUAGAUAUGCUCCCUAUACAUAAGAUGAUGACUUUGAUAUAUGAUUAGGUCUAAAUAGAUCAUAUAGAUGUGGAAAAAGUUGCGGAGUGAGUUGGGUUCACUAUCUCGGGGCCAUCACUGUUCUUGGACGAGGAAGACAAUAAUUUCUGUAGCCUUUAAGCUAACAUUGGUAGCAGGUAUUCAAUGAUAGCUGCUCAGUGGCCAGAAAGGACUGACAAUGAUAUCAAGAUCUACUGGAACGCCAAACUAAAGAAGAAGCUCAUGGAUUUGUUUCCUGCAUCUUAUUAGAUGAAACAAACUUAUCGGUCUCUCCUCAAAACCCACUAUUUCCUUCUCAUUAUAGAGACUAUUGCAGCCCAACAGAAACCAUGUCUUCAAGUGGCCUUGGACCGGUCUCCGAUCCUUCAAGUGUUUAGACGGGCACAAGAUGCAAUAUUUUGAAGUGAAGGACGUUGCAGUUUGAUAGGUUGCUGUGUGAACAGUACCUGGGUUGCUUUAAUUUAAAUUAAGUCAGUUAUGGACAGUUUGUGUUAGUUAUUAGUUACUACUUACUAGUUGUGGGUAGUUUUAUGAUUACAGCAGUUAGGUAAUUGCUAUGGUUUGAACUUAAAUUUAAAUUAUACAGGAGUAGUUAUAAAUAAGAGUUGUAUCUUCUGUUAGGAUUCAUUCAGAAGUUGUGAGUUUAAUGGGGAGAGACUGGACUCUCGAAAUUCCAGAAUCUACUUGAGAAAGACUGGCUCUCGAACACGAAUGUUGUAUACUUAUUCUAUAAAUAAAUUCUGUUCUUAUCACAGUUCA